AUGAUUCGGCGAGCGUUGGACUGUGGCAGUCUCCGUUCCCUCUCUCUUUCGCCCGUUUGUGGGGUUCGACCAAAUCUACCCGAUCCCGAAGAUGAGAAAGCGAUGGAAUUGUACAAGUUGUAUCGGCCAGAGCGCAUCACGCCAGCAAAACGCGGAAUCGAAUUACUGAAGUCGCCUGGGUUAAACAAGGGAAUGGCCUUCAGUCUCUUUGAAAGACAAUACCUCGGAAUUCAUGGUUUACUUCCACCAGCAUUCAUGACAGAGGAGCAACAGGCCUAUCGCAUCAUGCUACGCAUUCGAGAAGCUCCCAACGAUCUCGCUAGGUAUGGUAUUUUGGACGCACUACAAGAUAGAAACGAAAAGCUGUUUUAUCGUGUACUUUGUGACAAUAUAAAGGAAUUGAUGCCGAUCGUCUACACUCCAACUGUUGGCCAAGCCUGCCAACAAUUCGGAAGUAUUUACAAAAAUCCCAAAGGCAUCUACAUCACAAUCAAUGAUAACAGCAUUAGCAAGAUCACGCAAAUUCUUUCCCAUUGGCCUCAUCAAGAUGUCAAGGCAAUCGUUGUCACGGAUGGUGAGCGAAUUCUGGGCCUUGGCGAUCUUGGGUGCUAUGGUAUUGGAAUUCCUGUCGGCAAGCUCGCUUUGUACGUGGCUUUAGCAGGAGUGCAUCCAGAAUGGUGUCUGCCUGUUUUAAUCGACGUUGGCACGGAUAACCAGGCUUUGUUGAAUGACCCGAUGUACACCGGACUUCGGCGCAACCGUGUUAGAGGCAAAGAAUAUGACCGUUUAAUCGAUAAUUUCAUGAAAGCUGUCACGAAAAGAUUCGGAAUGGACACUUUGAUUCAAUUCGAAGAUUUUGGAAAUGCUAAUGCUUACCGCCUUUUGGAUCGGUAUCAACAGAAAUACUGCAUGUUUAACGACGAUAUUCAAGGUACCGCUUCGGUUGUGGUGGCUGGAUUGUUGGCAUCCACAAGAGUAACGAAAAAGAAGUUAUCACAGGAAAAAUUCGUGUUUCUCGGUGCUGGUGGAGCUGCAACCGGAGUAGCGGAAAUGUGUGUAGGGCAAAUGGUCACAGAAGGAUUGACGGAACAAGAGGCUUGCGAGAGAAUCUUCAUGAUUGACAUUGAUGGAUUGAUCACCAAAAAGCGCGCCAAUCUUUCUGAAAGACACCAAAAGUUUGCUAAAGAUUUGCCGGAUACUCGCAAUCUUCUGGAAGUUGUAAAAACUGUAAAGCCUGGAGCAAUCAUCGGAGCUUCUACCGUUGCGGGCGCAUUUACUGAAGAAGUCAUCCGGGAAAUGGCUGCCAACAACGCUCGUCCUAUCAUUUUCGCACUCUCAAACCCUACAAGCAAAGCGGAAUGUACUGCAGAAGCUGCUUACAAAUACACGAAUGGAACAGCACUUUUUGCUUCUGGAUCACCAUUCGCGAACGUCGAACUCAAUGGAAAACUGUUCAAGCCCGGACAAGGCAACAACGCUUACAUCUUCCCUGGUGUGGCAUUGGGCGUAGUUCUUUUCAAAAUUCGGCACAUUGACAACGAACUCUUCUUAAUGGCUGCAAGAAAAGUGGCUGAAUCAGUGACUGAGAAAAGUAUGAACACUUAUUCUCGAAUUUAUCCACGCCUCAAGGAUAUUCGUGAGUUAUCGAUCAAAAUCGCCGUUGAGAUUGCUGAGCAUUGCUAUCGAAAUGGUACUGCUACCCUUUACCCUGAGCCCGAAGACAAGGAACAGUUUAUCCGGUAUCAAGUGCACACUGUGGAUUAUGAAGAGCUGAUCAAUCGCUCAUAUGACUGGCCAGCCAAAGACAAGCAACACGGCUUCCCGAUUCCCGUCAUGAAGCGCCACUCAAUGGAUGAUGAG